GCUGUGAGUACUUUAUAAGAAGUAGUGUGUGUGAGAAUUUUGAGCGAGUGAUAUUCAUUUCGGUUACCUUCAGUUACCGGUAAAAACAUUACAAUCAGUUUUGUUUCUGUAUUAGUGUCUUUCAGUGCCAAAAAAGUUUCAAAUAAAAUAGUAAUUAAGUUUUUGACCUAUAGAUAAUUAAUUUUCUGUUGAAGGAUAUUAUGACCAGUAAACUAGAAAAAACAAUUGCAGAACUACUUUGUUGUCCGUAUUGUUUAAGUUAUAUGUAUCCUCCAAUAAACCAAUGUUUGAAUGGUCACAAUAUCUGCCACGAAUGUUACUUUCGGGUAUUGACGUGUCCUACAUGCAGAGAGUCGAAAAGUCUGGUAGCUAGAAACUACACACUCGAAGCUAUUUUCUCAAUUUUAAAUCUGCCUUGUAAAUAUAACGAUUUAGGCUGCGAUUAUAUUUCUGUAGGAGAAAAAAUCAGGAACCAUGAGGACUACUGUUGGUACAAGAAGAAGAAAUGCCCUUUUGCCACAUACGACACGUGUCCGUGGAUAGAUUCUAUGUUUAGCUUAAGAAAUCAUUUAUUAAAAUCUCAUUCCCCAAGUUUUGUUGAAAGCAGAAAAAACCAUUUUACAUCCACGAAUUUUAAGGGAAUUUCAAGUUACCACUAUAUCUUUGCUGUUAUUUAUGUAUAUGGGAAAUUUUUCAGGUUGACAUGGGAACUUGAGAAAAGCAGCAAGAUGACUGCCUGGGCUGUAUAUUUUAUGGGAUCUCCCGAGGAAGCCUCAAACUAUUCUUACAAAUUGGAAAUCCUGAGCGCUGAAACAAAAAAGGAAAAUCGCCAUCUUAUGUUUAAAACUGUUUGUGACCCAAAACCGGAAAACGAAGUGAACGACAUAAAUAAAUUUGGCGAUCAUAAUUGCUUUUAUAUACAUAAAACUUUAUUGGACAAAUAUUGUAAAACAAACGGAGACUUACAGUAUUUGGUGACAAUAUACAAGAAUAUUACCAAAGAUCAAGAAAGUACGUCUACUAAAUCUGAAGCUGGAAUAGUGCAAUCUGAAGAAGUCAUUGAAGUUAGUGAUGAUUGUCAGGAGAUAAGCAGUAUUGUAAAAGUUGAAGCUGAUAAAAGUUGCCAAUGAGUUUGUAUUUUUUUUGUUUUUACUUGUAACAUUUUCAAUAAAUUUCUUAA